AUGAAAUUUGCAAUCGCUAUUUUUGCUCUCUGCACGGCGGUGGUGGCGGCGUCGCCCGCGCGUUCCACGCGCCACUACGAACCAGGUCUGCUGCAGUCUACCUCUCUUCAGAGCAGCUCGCUGCAGCAGACGCAGUAUGAAUCCACGUCACUAGAACAAAAGACCUACCAGCCACAGCAGCCACUAUACAAUAUACAGCCUACUCCCAUGUGGCAAGUGCGUCCUGUGAUACCCCUGAACCAGAAUAAAGUAUACUCGGGACCCCAAUACACGGCUCAAGCGCCAUUUUACACUGAGCAGCUGCCUGCAGUACAAAACAUUCAAUAUACACAACAACACAGACCUAUCCAGCAAUACAAUUCAGUGCAACAGUACAGUCCCAUUCAACAAUACACUCCCAGUAAUCAGUACACUUUACCACAACAGUAUACACCUGUCCAACAGUACACACCUGUCCAACAGCACUCACACCAGUACACACCCGUACAACACACUCCUAUUCAGCUGUACAGGCCCCUCCAAGAAUACAGACAGGUGCAGCCCAUCCAGAGUUAUGUUCCUCACAAUUAUGGAAGCUACCAACGUAUGGAGUCCUGGUGUUAA